CCCUGAGUGUAUAUAAAUAAAUAAAAGCAGGCACAUUGUAUCCCCAUUUUUAUUGCCCUUGCAAAGUGUUGCUUUUGAAAAGUGGUUGGCCAACUGAAAUACAUUAGCUACAAUUGUUAUCAAGCCACAAUGGUCUUUAUGCAUGGGACAAGGAAAUGAACCAGUCAGGAGGCAGCACAGUUAAUGACAGUGACAACAACUAGACAAAGUAAAAGGAAUGGAGGAAGAUUAUGAUGAUCGACAAAUUGAAGAAGAAAUAGAACUUGAAUUAAGCAAAAUCAGUUUUUCAUCCUCUGAAAUAGAUGAUCCUAAUCUUGAUCCUGAUUUAUCAGCAGAAGCUUCAAGUGACAGCGAACCAAUUUCAGAUGAGCUACCAGAAUCAGUUAUCCAUUAUUUGAAUUUUGUGAAGAGGAGCAGCCACAAUGCAGAAAAGCUAAUUUUGCAAGAUUUGGAAAACGAUGAAAUAUCAAGUGAUAUAUACAAGGUAGUUCCUAAUAAUGCUUCAGAAUGCUUGGCUGAGUUGGCUUCUGAAUAUAAUGAAGACCCAGAAGAAUUAAAGAAAAGGGUAUUGUCUGAAAUAGAAGAUGAAGAUGAAGAACAACAACAGAUCAACGUGACUUCUGAUAAUACAAUAGAGGCCAAUGAUAAUGGAGACAUUGCUUCCAGUGAAAUUGCUGAUAGAAGUUCUUUGACAGAUGAUGGUGACACAGACCUUAGCUUUACUUUCCAAGAAGUUGAAGAAAGAUGCAAGCGAGAAUAUGAGCUCUGGGAAGAAAAGCAAAAUGAACUUGAAAAUGAAAGAAUAAAACAGUUGAAAAUUAAGAAGUGCAUGGAAGAAACACAAAAUGAAGAGGAGGAAAAAAGGAGGCAACUACGGCAGGAGGAACUGGAGGCUGAAAGAAUGAAGUUAGAAAUGUUCCAAGCGCAACAACAGACAAUGAUGGAAAAGGAGCUGAUGAAAGAGGAGAAGUCUUGGAAAGAACAAAUGAGACAGCAUGAGGAAUUGAUUAACAACUUACAGAUACAAAUAGAAGAAGAAAAGAAGGCAUUUGAAGAACAACAAGCUAUGGAAAGACAACACUUGGCAGAACUGCAGAAUAUGGCCGCUGUAAAAAUCCAAGCUACCUUUAGAGCCUUCUUGGUAUACAAAAAAUAUUCCCCUGUCUUGAAAGAAAGGAAAAAAGAACUGGAAAAACAAAGAGAAUUGCAAGAAGCGAUGCAAAGGGAAAGGAAAGAAAAGCAGGAAAGAUUGAUGAAGAGGGCCCUAGAGAAGAAGGAACAAGAGGAGAAAGAAAGAAAGAGAUGGGAAGAAAAAGAGAGGCAAGAACUUGAGGAAAAGAUGAAGAGGCAUGAAGAAUAUGAAAAGAAGAAAGAAAUUUUGAGACUUCAGCGAGAACAACUAAUAUUGGAAGAACUGAAAAUGAUAGAAAAAGGCCACCUAGAAUUUGUGAUAGAAAAGAAAAUGGAGUCUGAAAAUGUAGAUAAAGAAAAACUGUUGGCUAAAAACAGAAAAAUAAUUAAAGAAGUCAAAGAAGGUGAUGAAACUGAAAAAUCAGAAAGGCAAAUGAAACUGGACAAUAUUGAUAAAGUUACAAAAAUAACAAAGAAAUUAAAAGCAAAAGAACAGGUAGAAGAACGAAAGGAAGAAGAAACUGCCAAAAUAAAAAGGGGAAUGGGCCCCCCAAAUACAGAGAAGGCUUUAGAAAUAGCAAAUAAGGAGGAAGAAAUCAAAAAGGUAAAAGAAGAGGAGGAAGAACAGGUAGAAGAACGAAAGGAAGAAGAAACUGGCAAAAUAAAAAGGGGAAUGGGCCCCCCAAAUACAGAGAAGACUUUAGAAAUAGCAAAUAAGGAGGAAGAAAUCAAAAAGGUAAAAGAAGAGGAGGAAGAACAGGUAGAAGAACGAAAGGAAGAAGAAACUGGCAAAAUAAAAAGGGGAAUGGGCCCCCCAAAUACAGAGAAGACUUUAGAAAUAGCAAAUAAGGAGGAAGAAAUCAAAAAGGUAAAAGAACAGGAGGAGGCUAAAUAUGGAAGAAUGAAACUAAUUGAGGAAAAGCAACAGAAAGUUGAAACACAGGAAAAAGAGUAUGAGAAAAAGAAACAAGAUGAAAUACAUGAAAUGAUGCAUGUAGGAAAUGAUGACAGAUACCGUUUUUUGACAACUGUGGAAUUUCAGGGAAAUGGUAAUACAAAUGCUCUCAAUAGUGAAACUAUUACAAUAGUUAAUCAGGAAGACAGCAGGCAUAGCAGUUGCAUCAGCAUGGAUGUUCAGCUAGAUUCUGGAGGCGCUGGACAGAUAGAUGGGUCUUAUGCAUCUGAAAAUAUUAAAAUAGAGCUUGCUUUAAAAGAAAUUCAUGAGGAAGUCACUAGUCGUUGGGCCAGAUGUGAGAAUUCAGUCAAUUCUUUUGAGCAACCGCUCGUGCUUUCAGAUUCUAUUGAAAAGAAGAGGUUAGCGUGGAUGAAAGGAUGUAAAUCCUGGUCUAGAAUUUAUAGGGAACACCAGGGGAAGAAAAUAGUUGAAAGAAGCAGGCCAUGGAAAUGCUCCUCUGGUCUGAUGCCUCCUCUGUGUGCUGCCAUGAUAAUGCAGGCUGGCCCUUGGAAUUCUCUGCAACAGGUGACCACAGUUACCUUUCAAGAUUUGCCAGGCUGCAGCCUCUCCACGUUGUCACAGUGUUCAAAGCUACAAUUUUUGAGUCUCAGACGUUGUGGAUUGCUUUCUUUGGAAGGACUCAGCAACUGCAAAGAUCUAAAAUACAUAGAUGCAGAGGAAAACAAUAUUAAAGGGAUUAAUUGUGAGAAUCUUGAAAAUCUCUGCAUUCUAAUUCUGAACAAAAAUGACAUUUCAUCCCUUCAUGGUUUAUAUGGCUGCACUAAUCUUUGGAAUCUUGAACUUUCCUACAAUAAAAUCACUCGAAUUGGUGGAUUGGAGUCAUUGAAAAAUCUUCAGCGACUUGUUAUUGAUCACAAUCAAUUGAUCAGCACCAAAGGACUAUCUCAUACUCCUACUCUAGUGUAUAUAGAUUGUUCCUUUAAUCAUCUUACUCAUAUUGAUGGCAUUGAAAAUUGUGGCCUUCUUCAAAUUCUGAAGUUACAAGGGAAUAACUUCAAUGAGUUCCCCAGCCUGGAAAAUCAUGUUUUGCUAAGAGAAUUAUACUUGGAAGACAACAGCAUCUCAACAAUGGAAAAGCUUUCUACAUAUUGGCUGCCUUUACUACAGAUACUUUUUAUCUCACAAAACAGUUUGACUCAACUUGCACCUCUUUUUUCGUGUGUGUCUUUGGAAAAGCUAGAUAUCAGUAACAACUGCUUAUUAGAUCUUAACAGUGUCAUUCAGUGGCUUGGUGGUUGUGAUAGCCUAAGAGAAUUAUCCUUGCAAGGAAAUCCACUUCUUCAGGAAGAGAACUGGAGGCACUCUUUACUUAAAGUUCUUCCCAGUCUGAAUGUGCUUAAUGAUGAAAACAUAAAGUCUGAUGCAGAAAAUGCAGAUGAAAGAAUGAUGAAAAAAGCACAGCCAGGAAGCUUUGCAGCAUUUUGUCAAGCUCAGAUUCAAAAAAUUGAUUUAGUCAGCAAAAAAGCCACAACUAGGUUAAUUGAAUUCUCUGCAGAUGCUGUACAGCUCCAGUGUUGGUAUCUUAAGAAGCUGAUGAAGCUAAGUAGUGAGCACCGUUACGCACAUGAAUAUGGAGUUCUAAAUGCUACUGAAGGAGAGGAACCAGUAAAACGGACAGAUCCUUUGAACCAAGAAGCCAUUAACAUCACAGAGCAAAAUAACUUCAGUAUAAGUGGUGUAAAACAAAAUAAGCAAGACUCAUUCAUUAUGGCUGAAAGACGGAGUGCUCCUGGCCACACUCAGGCUAUGUCCGUUAACUCUUUCGUGACAGUGUCUGGAAUGGGGAAAAAUGGAGAACACAGACAAGAGGACAUUAUUCAAUAUUCCCUUAAUCACAAUGAGGAAAGCAAAGAUAACGUAUUAAUCAGUCUACAGAGAAACACGUUCAGCAAGCAAAUGAUGGAAAGCAAUGAAGGAAAUUCUCUUCAACAUUUUGACAGUUCACAAAACUUGGCAGCCACAGUCAUCCAAUCACACUGGCGAAGCUACUGUGCUCGUAAAAAGAUAAAUUUCUACACGUGGCAACAUCUGGCUGCAACUGUGAUCCAGUCUUAUUGGCGAAGCUACUAUACCAGGAAAAGGAUUGUCAACCUAAAGAAGGAAGAUCACCAUGAUUCCACGGUCAAGCAUGAAGCUGCUACUAAACUUCAGGCACUCUGGAAAGGUUUCCGUCUGCGAAAGAAACUGGCCAGUGCUUUGGCAGCUGUUAAAACUGAUGAAGCUGAUGAUGACUAUAGCGAAAUAGAUGUGGAUGGCUUUAUGUUUGAUGAAGCUGUCAUAGAGAAAGAAUGGCCAGCUUUGGAUUCCACCCGCUUCCUUUCACAAACACUGCUAUUCUCAGACCAAUUGCCCUCGCCAAAGUAUAAUGAACCUACAGGAUGUGGGGACAAUUCACAUCAUUUAAAGUGGCUUCCACAUAAAACUCGGCAGCUUAAGGAAAGACCCAAAUCAUUCUUGUCAGAAAGCAGUCAGAUUAGUAACAGGUCAGAGAAGAGCACUCUCUCACAGCUUUCUGACCUGAAACUCCCCCAAAGGUCAUCACAAAGAUCAGAAAAAGAAGAAAAAAUUUCAGAAGAAUGGGGUUUUAAAGACAUUUCUACUGCACAGUUGAUGCUAAAGAGAGCACAUAAAAUGAAAGCAAAGAAAUCUAAUAAGCUUGACCCAGCUGUGCGCCUGGCGUUGUUCAAAAACAAUGAAAAUAAACAUCCCCCUGUGAAACCACCAAAGAAGGCACAGACUGCAAAAACUGGUUACUUUGAAGGUAAGGAAGAAGCAUUUGCUUAUGGUUCCGCAGAUAAGAUGGAAAGGAACAAAGAACGUACAUACCAAUGGCUUCAUACACAGGUUUGGGAUUUUGAAGCAACUAGCCCCAGAAAUGAAAAAUGCAAACAUUUCUUACCUGAGAUAGAUCCAGAGGUUAUCAAGGGAGGAAGAGUUCAACAUGUGACAAGCCCUGUAAGGAGAGAAGACACGGAUUUAGAGCUUGUUUCCAUGACCAGUGGAAGUACUUUGACUCAGAACAAAGAAAAAAAUAAUCAGCCACACAGACACUCUGCAGGACCUUCAAAAAAGGAUGCACCUGUGCCUGAAAGAUCACCUUUGGGGCCCUCGCACAAAGAGCGGAUCUCAUUUCGAGACCAUCCAGUUCAGCUCAGCGGUGGAUGGGGAAGUGGCAAAAAGAAGGCAAAAGCUUUGAAAUAGUCAUUGGACCUUCAGCAUUUAAAACAUAUGGUGAGCCUGUGCAUUGCCAUUCUUUUUGGAUUCUGCAGAUGGAAAGUUCCUCAGCUCCAUGUAUGCUGUAUUUUAUUUUACGCUGCAUGAUUUCCCACCUUUUCUUCUUCUUUGGCUAAGUUCUUUUAUAAAUAUCAGAGAAAUUACAAUAUUUGUAUCUGAAAUUUAUUUUUGCAGUAUGGUUUAAAAGCAUGUAUGGAAUUAUUAUAAAAUGGCUGGUAUGAUCCGGUGAACAAAUGGAUGUAUACGUACAAUAAUGUUUUGUGAUUGUGCAGUGGUAUGUGACCGAGAUAGCCUGAUCCACAGUUGGAUUUAAGUACAUGUUUUUAAACUCAUUUCCUGUACCUCUCAAUCAAGCAAAACAAAUCAAAAUCAAAUUGGCCCAAAUCUAGGUAUUUUGCUUCUCUGCUUUGUAGAUUGGAAUAUGUAUCUGUUAAAAAGUAAAAUGUGGAAUGUCCAUCUUAUUCCAAACAUAUUAAUGAUGUAAAUAUGUUUUGUGUAAAAAAUGCAUCAAUUUCUCCCCAGCAGUUGCACACCCCAGUGGGGUGACUGAAUGCACAUUCACAGCACAUUAAAAUUCAGUAAUGUGAUAUUAAGAUCUGUUUCAUAAUUCCAAAUUAUGUUUAUUAUUUUGUGGUACAUUGGCAGUCUUCUUACUUUUCAGGUCUGCUACCCUAUUUUCCAGAAUUAAAGUAUAACUUUUAACAUCACACAACAAUUUUGUCCUAGCCUAUUACUUCAGUAUCGGUCAAAAUCUACCCUUUUGUAGCCUCAUGAUGAGUCCGUCCCUUCCAUGCCACUGAUACUAAUGUUGUUUGCAUUACUUCAAUGCAUGUAUGCUUUUCUUACUGAAGCAAUGUUUCGGUUAGCGUGGUACAAAUUGCUGACAGAAUCUGGAGAAACAAUUCUUUGGUUUUAAACUCUUCUAUUUACUUUGGUGUCAUUAUAUCCCACUGGAGCCUUGACCCACUCAGAAAUACUGUUGAAAUAGAAAAGCUAAGACAAAAAUCAAGGCUUCAGUCAAUAAAAAUAAGAAAGAUGUAUUAA